UCUUGUAUGUGGGUGAGACAUGACAAAGUUGUUCUAAAUAUACCGGACUAGACCACAGCUUUUGCCGUCAACACCAUGGGUGUUAGAGCUCCGGAUCACGGCUGGGCAUGGAUGGUCCUGAUCGGUACCCACUUUGGUAACAUGCUCGGUUAUGGAUAUCUAACAACGUUAGGUAUCUUCUACAUUGAGUGGAAGGAAUAUUAUGAUUCAACUGCAACAGCCACAAGUUGGAUGCUCAGUAUGCCAUGGAUGGUUGCAAGUCCAUUUUGUGUUUUCAUUGGUGUUAUUGCGUCUCGUAUUGGCAUCAGACGAGUCGCCGUGACUGGAGCUUUAAUCAACGGGUCCGCAACUAUACUCGGCUCGCUUACUAAAGACAUGUGGCAGUUGUACAUGUGUAACGCCUUGUCUGGUUUUGGUGUCGUUAUGAUGUUGACUCCUGGAUCUGUUAUACUUGCUCAGUACUUCAACAAAAGAUAUGCACUCGCAAAUGGCAUAGCUUUCUUGGGAAUUAGUAAUGGACAGAUGGUCUUUCCACCCCUGUUUCGCAUCCUGAUUGACAACUACGGUUGGAGGAGUGCUAUGUUCGUCACAGGGGCACUGCAGUUAAAUGGCGUCGCUGCUUGCGCCCUCUUUCGUCCUCUCAAGACUAGGGCGAUGAAGAUGAAAACCAACAAAGCAAACAGUGAUGUUAAGACGUCUGGUGGAGAAGACAGCAUCCUACCACCAUCACUGAGAUUCUUAUGCGUCUUCACAAACAUCCAUGCUGUAUUGUUAUUACUAGCAUGCUGCGCAUAUUCAAUUGGUUUAUUUAUCAACCUCUCUCAUCUACCAGCACGCGCCAAGGAUGCGGGAUGGUCUGACUACCAUAGCAGCAUGCUCCUCUUUGUUUAUGCUAUCGUUUCCAUGGUGACUAGGCUAGGACACGGUUGGUUCGUCGACAGGGACUACAUAAGUUGCUACAAACUUCAUCUCGUUACUCUACUCGGGAGUGCAGUUACAACUGCAUUGAACCCGGUCUCUGAUAGUUAUGUAUUCUUGGUCGGAUACGUGGUGGUGUACGGAGCGUUUACUGGGGUUGCUAGUCCUCUCUUUGUUACUAAUAUGAGGAAAUUGGUGGAUCCUUCACAUGUGCCGGUUGCACUGAGUCUGAUCUGGGCGACGGCGUUUAUAUUCAACGGGAUCGGAUCAGUAGUUGCAGGGAGAAUUUACGAUGCUACGGGAAACUAUGUGGUGCCAUUCCUGGCAGGGGGUGCUAUGUUCCUCGUUGCGUUCCUGCUGACCUUUGUGAUAGCACUCACGAAACGUCGACAAGAAAGACACUCAAACAUUCAAGUUACAACCAACCAAGUGCAAUAUGACACCGUAGUGUGUGAGCUAUAACCUACCUAGAAGUAUAAUCGGAACUAGACUGGUAUACCCUGUCUUUAUUAUCAAGGAAAAAGACAGGUAGGCCCUACUUGCUUUUCAGAACCAGCGACUUCAUUGGAUACUUAUUAUUUCAUUGGAUAAACGCGCAGUGACGUAAGCUU